CGAUCUGGGCCAACACUAUGUUGCUGUCCGGGAAAUCUGUUAUUACCAAAUUCUGAUUGGCACAAAUGUCUCUGUUCAAUCUGACUGACUGGAUUUAAUCACACUGCUGCUUUCUCUCUGUUUGUGGAUUAUGUAGGUGAGCGAGUAUGGAAGAAGAGUUGUGCUAUUCAACAGUCUGCUUUAAGCCAUUUGAUAAUCAGAAAUCUACAGGUAUGUUGGCACAGUUAGAGGAGUCUGUAUAUGCGGAGGUGAACAUAAAACAAUCAACUUCACAGACAGCUCCUGAGACCUCAGCUGCCGAGUGUUCAUUAGACAAAUCUGUUUUGCCAGCACAUGACUCUCUGACGGAAGCAAAAGAUGCCACCACCCCAACCUUUUCAGUGUACAGACGAGCUACAGUUAUUCUGGGGCUGCUCUGCUUCCUGCUGCUUGCUGGGUUAACAGCUGUCAGCAUUUUCAACUACAUUCACAUGUCAAAAUACAACAACAUUCUGGCCCAGCACAUUCAAGAGAAAGCCACCAAUCUGCAACUACUGGCAGACAAGGAAGUGCUGGAGCGAGAGAGAGCCAGGCUGAUGACACAGGGGGAACAGAUGAAUGGCACACUGGACUUCAUACUGAAGAAGAGACGCUUUUUAGUGGAUGAGUACUAUCAGUCCACUGGAAAUGGGGUGCAGUGUACACCUUGUUUUCAAAAUUGGAUUCAGAAUGGCUCCAGCUGUUACUAUUUCAUGAAAGACUGGCCCUGGAAAUCGUGGACAGAGAGUCGGGAAUACUGCAAGGAAUAUGGAGCUCAUCUGGCCAUAAUAGACAGUGUUGAGGAACAGGAAUUCAUCAAUCAGCACACCCAAUCAUAUUUUGAUGAAUAUCACGGGUACUGGAUCGGACUCUCUGAAAAGAAAGAAGAAACUUGGGUCUGGACCACUGGCGCUGAACUCAAGGAAGGUUUCUGGGUCUAUGACCCCUUGAAAGGAUACAUGGAAUGCGUUCUGUCAAUGCCCAGCAAGAACCCACUGAAAAGCUGGAUAUCAGCACGUUGUAACAUGAGGAAUCGAUACAUCUGCGAAGUGGAAGUUUUAACAUGGCCAACCUUCCUACAAGCCCAACAAAACCAAAGUGGCCCCUCAACAUGA